GAGGGUGUUCAGAAGGUAUCUUCUACUCCCAAACAAGUCCAUUCACAUUAAAAGAAACAAAUUGGAAGAAGAUUGAAAAUCAAAAACGAUUAUGAAGAGACGAAAAGAAGCAUUGAUGUUUUUUUUCUAAACAUAGUAGUUAAAUCAGAUUUAAAUUGAUUUAAGGUUUCAUUUCUAACAACCGGAAACAAAGGGUUUCUGGCAGGACGAGAAUUCAUUCUGAUUUGCGGCGUUUGGAUCAGGAUGUUAUCUUCUUCAUCAUCAUCAGCACGUCGUCUCAGUUCCUCUAGGGCGCCAGGUGCGUUAUGGAACUGUUUCCUUGGGCCAGGUGUGUUUUGGAAUGGUUGUUUGCAUUGGAUCUCGCAAUUCUCGAUCAUGGAAGAUGAAGCGUCACUGUAUUUUGAUAUCGAACAAGAUUUAGUAAAGCCGCUGCCGUUGCCAGCUGUAUGUAAUGAUAAUAUGUGGUAUAUUAAAUAUCUUGGAGAGUGUAGAAAUCAUUUGUAUCUUGUAGGGGCUCUUGGAUCAUGUCCUGAUAAUUACAGCAUCUUCGAAAUGGAGAAAGAUUACAGUGGGUGGAAUCUUAUAUACAAGGUCGACCUAGAAAGAAUUAUAAAUGCAUACCACCUAGAGUCGGUGACGAAUUAUAACAAUACCAUCGAUUAUUGUGUGUUGGUAAUGUUUCUUGGGGAAGCCGAAGAGAAAUCAUCAAAAAAAUUGAUGUUGUUGAUAAAUGCUACUCAACUUAUAUCCUAUGAUCUGAAAGAGAUGAGCUAUAGGGAGAUCUAUUAUUUCGAUCCAAAAACUCUCACCAUGACUGCAAACUCAGGCUCACGGGGUCAUGUUCAUCAGUACAUAGAGUCGCUUGCCUGUGUUUGAAUAUUUUCAUGGCCUCUCUCACUUGUUACACUUAACUAAAGUUAAUCUUCAACUUAAUAAUGUCAUGUUCAGCCCUUGUUUUGUGUCAUGCAAUCAGUUCUGAAAAUAUAUCCAUUUAUGUUGUUUACUA